UGGCGUGAGCAGUAUCAUGUACCGUAGCAUCAUGCGUGGUGUGGUUCUUGCUGACGGUCGUCGUCAGUGAACACCUGUCGCAUACCUCACCGCUUGGACCAUUUUUCAUUGCCGCUUGCACACUGUCUCCAUAACUCGCGAUGGCAACACUUCCCCCAGUCUUUUGGCUCCCCACGGAGCUCCUCUCCGAGUGUUUCGCGCCUUGCACGCCAGUGGUCGACCCGCUGGAGCCGUUCGGAUUGGCGGCUCCCUUCUACUCAUGGAUAGCCGUGUCGCAUGUUUGUCGCCAUUGGCGUGCUGUCGCCUUAGCUUCUGCCAAGCUAUGGAAUCGGGUCCUAUUGACACCGCAGCGGGACUGGAUGGCUGAACUCCUACGGCGGUCUGGGGAGACACCGCUGGAGGUUUUCGCUAUCUUGCCGCCUACUUAUAUGGACAUCGAGAAUCGGGCCAAAUGGAUGGCAUCUUUUCGGGUCAUCCUCGAGGAGAUCACUCGAAUCCGUACCUUGGUGAUCCAUAGCAAGCUGAAGCUGGAUCCCGACGUGCUCGACCUGCUGAGUAAGCCCGCAGCUCUUCUCCAGGACUUGCACCUAUACAACUUAAUCCUCGGCGCUCCGGACGCAAACGGGUCGAUAUCAUCACAGGUGCCGGUGUCUACGUUCCAGGGUGGAAUUGCUGCUCCUUUGAAGUCUUUGUCCCUAUGCCGAUGCAAUAUCCAGUUGUCCAGUUUGGACGUGCACGCAUUGACAAAGUUAUCCAUUGUCGGCUUGCCCUGGGGAGUCGCGUCGAUGACGCUUAACAUGCGAACAUUGGUGGAGCUCCUGCGGACGACCCCCCUACUCGAAUCCCUCGUCGUGAACAAUGCUCUGCGCCCUCUAUCGGCUGUUCGUGCCAGUGAUACAUGUCCUGGUCCCCUUGUUGUUCUCCCUCACCUAGGCACAUUCACGCUCUCCGGCUGUAGUGCGGAUGUCAUGGGGCUCCUCGAUCGGCUAGACCUCCCUGCGCUUAAGCGUCUCCACCUCGCCCCGAAAUCGCCUACACCGGCAUCGACGGAUCUGUUGGCAUCAUCGAUUGCAAGGACGAUGCAGGUCUUCGGUCCCCUGUCGAGCAUCCAGUUGUAUGACUUGAAUCAUCACGACUUCGUGCUGAAAGGGUCUGUUGUGCACAUCCCGGAGAGCAAUCAGGCCCUCGCAGGGGCGGUUGACGAGGUCACCUUCAACAUCUCCAGCCGACGCAUCCUGUGCGCUCUCCUCGAGCACCCGGUGUUCAACGGCGUGCGUACCAUGAGGAUCAUGUCCCUCCGCCGGAGGAGGGUCUGGACUACGGUGGUCCAGCAUUGUCGGAACGUCUCCGAGCUUAUGGUAACAGGGAAGAGAGCGAUGAAAUUCCUCCAGCAGAUGCUCAUCAUAUCUCCUGAAGGCACAGGUGCCAGUGAAGGAACUGCAUCGUUUCCCUUCCCACAACUACGUUCGCUAUCGCUGAGAGGGCUCUGCGAGCCACGGCGCACGAGCGACGACGCGCCGCAUACCUUCGUGGACUUCUGGCGUCAGAGGCUCGAGGAGCGUCGCGGGGCUGACGAUCACAACUUCGAAGUCACCCAGCGACAAGUUGCCCACGACAUGACUGAUUUGUUGCGACAACUCGAUACCAGUUGGGUUCCGAAGUGUACAGGCGAUAACGCUUGAUCGCUUUGACCCAUUCCACUGAGCUUGUCUUCAUGCAUACAACCACACCCACUCGAUCGCUGCGCCUCGGGUGACGGCUCCCAUGCCCACGCUGCCAAAACUGUUUGAUUCCAACACGGGCCGGCCAUGGGCGAUUCGACGCACUUCCCGCUCCACCAUACCCUCGACACAUGAUCAUCCUAUAUCCCGCGUCCUAUUCAUCUUGAACGGCUA